UCACAGCCUGGGAAGGGCUCUGGAAUUCUUUGCAUCAGCUUAAGAAGAUAUAUCAACUUUGUGUUCUGUCCAGAGGGUAAAGCUUCUGAAGAAUGAAGAUAUUGAUAAUGAUUGAUUUUGUCCUUGCAGCUAACUUCAUGGAUGCCAUUGGCAGCUCUGAUCUACAGAACUGUUUUCAAGAGCAGAUACGACUUCAGGGCCAAGUUAGGAUUCUGGAACAUCGUGUGAAACAGCAGCAGCUAAAAAUUAUAUGGCUUUUGGAGAAGAAAGAGAUUCAGUACAGUGACAGAGGAGAUGAAAAGAGUGUCAUUGACUUGGGAGAAAAAAGACAGUAUUCAGAUUGUGCAGAAAUCUACAAUGACGGCCAUAAGCAAAGUGGAUUUUAUAAGAUGAAACCUAUCCAGAGUCCUACUGAAUUCCUUGCCUUCUGUGACAUGUCUGAAGGGGGUGGCUGGACUGUUUUUCAGAGACGUUCUGAUGGCAGCCAGAAUUUUGAUAGAGUCUGGACUGACUACGAAGAAGGAUUUGGAAAUUUUGUUUCAAAAAAUGGUGAAUAUUGGCUUGGAAAUAAAAAUCUUCAUUAUUUGACUAAUCAAGGGAACUAUACUUUAAGAAUUGAUCUAACCGAUUUUGAAGGAGAACGGCGGUUUGCACAAUAUGCAAGAUUCAGAGUUGCAGGUGAAGAGUAUUCUUAUGAGAUGAAUUGUGGUGAAUACUCUGGUACAGCUGGUGAUUCCCUUACUGGUGGAUUUCAUCCUGAAGUAAAAUGGUGGGCUGAUCACCGAGGAAUGAAAUUCAGUACUAGAGACAGGGAUAAUGACAACUACGAAGGGAACUGUGCUGAAGAGGAAAAUGCUGGCUGGUGGUUUAACAGGUGUCAUUCUGCCAACUUGAAUGGUUUGUACUACAAGGGUCCCUAUACUGCAAAGACAGACAACGGGAUCGUUUGGUACACUUGGCAUGGGUGGUGGUAUUCUCUGAAAUCUGUUGUCAUGAAGGUCAGACCAGCAGACUUUGAACCUAAUAUUGUUUAAGUGUUUUAUUAAGAUGAUUUAUCUGGUUAAUCUUUCAGCAAAUCAGUCCAAAUUAAAAUGGGCUGGUUUUUGCUUCUCAUCUAUGCAUAUAUAAACCUGGAAUAAUUUCUCUGUAACCAGUAGUUUUAGGAGAUGUAAAUGAGAAGAAAAUCCGGCUUAUGAAUCUGUAUACAAAUACCUACGCUACUGUGUGUACAGGCUUUUUUGAAAAAAGCAGGCAUUCACCUAGGAAUAAGGACAUCUUCAUCAACAUGGAGAAUUUUUAGCUUCUGCAGUAACUAAAAAUCCUUUCACCUUUAAAUAAAACAGUAUUGUCACAGUGUUGACUCAAAAAUUAAAAUUAUUUGUACUUAUUACAACCAAAAAGCUAUUUAAAUA